AUGUCUGCAAGCCUGUUCAAACUCACCGUCAACGAGUACUUGGAGGGCCUCCCCAAGGCGGUGCAGUCCAAACUAUACCACGCGCCCGCCACGUGCCUCUCGAUCUACCGCUUGCUCCCGCCGCUCGCAAAGUUCUACGUGGUGUCCAUGAUGUUCACCGACAGGCCCGUGGCCGUCAGGGACUUGGAGAAAUGGUGCCGGCCGCACGCACGCAAGCUCCAGUACGAGGCGCUCCAGCGGCUCCGCGCGUUGCACUUGCUCGAGGAGGACGCCAGCGGCACGCACGUGCGGUUGCACCAGACGUUCCGCAGCAGCUUCCGCGGCUGCUUGGCCGGCACCCAGGCGCCCACCGCGUUCGGCGUCAUCGCGCUGGCGCCCGACAAACACGCCGUGGACGUGGCGUUCUUGGACCGCUUCGCCGCGCAGAAGUGGGAGACCAUCUUGCACUUCAUGGUCGGCUCGGAGCUCCCGGCGGUGCCGUCGCGCUCCGUGCUCUCGUUGUUGCGGCUGGGCGGGUUGAUGGAGGGCCGCGGCGCGGGUGCGGCCGGCUUGGCCAUCACCAACCGCGGCUUCCAGUUCUUGCUCCAGGACGCCAACAUCCAGAUCUGGACGCUCCUCCUCGAGUACUUGGGCUUGGUGCAGGACCUCCACAUGGACCCCGUGGACGUGCUCAACUUCCUCUUCGUGCUCGGCUCGCUCGAGUUGGGCAAGGCCUACUGCGUGUCCGGCCUCAGCGCCACCCAGCUCUCCAUGUUGCCCGACUUGCGCGACUGCGGGCUCGUGUACCAGCGCUCCGAGGGCCUGCUGCGCUUCUACCCGACGCGCCUCGCCACCACGCUCACCUCCGAGUCCACGGGGCUCCGCACCCCGGCCAUGGCCUUGGACCAGGCCGUGGCGGACGCCGAGGCCAAGGACGCGCCGCCCGUGGCCGCCGCGGACGCGCCGCUGGGGCAGGUCGUGCUCGAGACAAACUUCAAGUUGUACGCGUACACGAACUCGCCGCUCGAGAUCGCCGUGCUCAACUUGUUCGUGGCGCUCAAGAUCCGCUUCGCCAACAUGGUCAUUGGCCAGCUCACGCGCGAGCUGGUCCGCAACGCGCUCUACAACGGCAUCACCGCGGACCAGAUCAUCCGCUUCUUGGAGACGCACGCGCACGCGCAGAUGCGCCUCUUGGCCAAGGAGAAGUUGGACAAGAAGAUCGAGUUCGACGCCAGCCACAACAUCAACACCGCGGGCGGCGCGCCGCAGCUGAAGGCCUCCGACUCGGGCGUCGCGCAGCACCGCCUCGAGAUCCUCCCCCCGAACGUCGUGGACCAGAUCAGGCUCUGGCAGUUGGAGUUGGACCGCAUCCAGACGUUCGACGGCUACUUGUUCAAGGACUUCAAGAACCAGAACGAGUACGACGUCUUGUGCAACUACGCGUCCGAGGUCGGCGUCUUGUUGUGGUCCGACAAGACCAAGCUCCGCUUCUUCGUCACCUCCGACGGCAUGGCGCAGGUCGCAGACUUUGCCGGCCGCAAGUUCAGAUAG